UAUAGUAUAAGUGUCAGCAUAUAUGACUGCAGCUUUGAUAUUGUAAUUGUGCUAAAGAUGUGUUUGUGUGUAUCACUGUAUUUUCAGAGUACCAAUGAGGCUGUGUUCACUGUGGAGUUUAACCCCAGCGACAGCACCAACAUCAUCACCUGUGGGAAAUCCCACGUCUACUUCUGGACGCUCAGCACGGGACAGUUUACCAAGAAACAAGGCAUCUUUGGAAAAUACAAGAAGCCCAAAUUCAUCCAGUGCUUUGUGUUCAGUCUGACUGGAGAUGUUCUGACUGGAGACUCUGAAGGAAACAUCCUGACCUGGGGGAAAUCAGCUGCAGAUGUAAAAACGCUGGGAAAAGGAGCCAAAGAGACCUUCCAGAUCAUGCGACAGACCAGGGCCCAUGAGGGCAGCGUGUUCACCCUGUGCACCCUUCAGGGCGGCGCCCUGCUCAGCGGGGGAGGGAAAGACCGUAAGAUCAUCCGCUGGAGCGCCGAUCUGGCACCUGAAAGAGAGUGUGAGAUUCCAGAAAAAUAUGGCGCAGUCCGUACCAUUGCAGAUGUGGAUGGAGAGGAGCUAUUAGUUGGUACAACCCGUAAUGCCAUCCUCAGAGGAACAUUCUCAGAUGGAUUUGUGGCCAUAGUGCAGGUAUGUAGUUGUGCAUUGUCAAGUGUUUGGAUGCUUGUUACCUAUAGCUAUUUUGUGUGUAUUUUAAAGGAGUGGUGAUAACAACCUGAAACUGUUUUUGUAAUAUAAGAGAGAAUUUCUAGACGAGCUUCCAUGUUGGUCCAGUUUGAAAUCCCUAAGCAGCAUCAUUCAUCCAAUCAGGUGCAGCAAUAAAGUGUUAGGUCGUACAGUGGGUAUAGAAGGGUGUUGCCUUUUGUUGGUCAAUAUGGCUACAAGCGUCCAAUGCUGGGAAGUGGCGCAACCCCUUGCGCCCAAAAGCGUCCCCUGUGGACACAUGCCAUGACAGCAUGCGAGUGCCCAACUAUCACUCUGCAUUGCAUAAAAUCGGAUGUUCUCUGUCUACACCAAAUCUUUUAAAUAUGCAACCAGUGCCACUCAAGUAAACGGGAACUUCCUUGAUGAGGCUACUCCAACUACUCCAAAAAAUGUUUACCUCCCUGGCUAUCUCCCUCCAGCAUGCUGCCACCUUAUUUAGGUUUUUGUAGUUAAAUGAGGAGAGGAGGUUUAAUAUUGAUAAUUCCUCAUUUCAACUUCAUCAGUGUCGAUGAUUCAGCCUUUUCAAUACAAGUGACAGGAUUAUAAACACUUGCUGCGCUGGCCAGUUAGGACAUUAUAAUAGAAAACAAUGCAAUCAGACUGAUUGAUGCUGACUCAGUCCUCAUUCAGUAGGACAUGGUAUACCAGCUGUGGCUGCUCCUCUCUGCCAAUACUCCUAGAAAUAUUUAAAACUGAGCGACUGACUAAAAAUGUUAUUUUAUUUUGUUGACUUGUUUUUUGUCAGCGCUAACAUCAGUGACAAAUACAUUGUGUUUCCUUAAUAAAAGUCACCUUGUGUUUUGCCAGUUGAACGUUCCUAGUAUAAUACAGCUGCAGUGGAAUGUUUUGUUCUCUUUAGCUUUAGCAUACAUGUGGUGUAAAGAGAGUGAACAGAAAACAGCUUGGCUGCUAACAGUGAGAUAAAAUUACUAUAACACUGGAUUACAUGCUGCAUUGUUCCUUGAUAAUCCCUGUGAAUAAUGUGAAGGCUACGUGAAUCUAGUGCAGGAAUGGCAGACUCCACCACUGUCAUUGAACUACUAUAGAGAGAGAUAAUUAUGGAAUUGAAAUACUUUAAAUUGCUUUUGCAAUGAAAAUGGCAAAGUAUCAAAAACUGGGUUUGAUUUCAUGGAAAUUUUAACAAUUGUGAUUUGUAAGUCCUGCAUUUUUACCUCAACUUGAGGCCCCGUCUAGCAGAGCUACUUGUCAAAAUCUAGUUUAAAACCUCUGUUUUAGUUUCUAUUGCGCUUAUUAGAUGUUAAAGUAUAUAAGUAAAUUACCCCAAACUACCUGACACCGAAAACUUGGGCAGGACAGUACUUCAAAAUAAGGGCUCUGUACUACCACAGAGGAAUGGGAGUAAGAGGCUCAUUUUUGUCCCAAGGUCCCCUAACAUGUUAGUUCAGCCCUGAGUAUCUACUUAGUCUGUUUAGAUCCAACAGAUUGCAGUCAACAGUUGGCAUCCGAAUACAUUUCAGCAGUGUCUCUACUGACCACUGGAAUUUGGCUUCCUGCUUACAUUCGAUUUUUAUCUGUGGGAAACUAUAACCAGUUGUGAAUCCUAGAAGUUACAGUGUAAUAUUCAUUGGAACAACAUGAUUUUGUUAUUCUUAGAGACUUACUGGGAGUGGAGCUAAAAAAAUUAAGUUACAUUUACAUUUUUGUAGUUAAGUUAAAGAUUUAAAGGACCGACGUGUAGGAUUCAGUGUCAUCUAGUGGUGAAGUUGCAGAUUGCAGCCACUUAAAUACAGCUCAACCUUCCAAGUGUGUAGG